CGCAGGCGGUGUGGAGACUUGGGAAUGUAUUUAAGAGGGACGUCGAUCUCAUUCUAUUACACUUGGGCUCAGGACGUCGGUGGUGCUUGAAUACUGGUGCUCUAGCUGCUACUGCUGCUGCUGACAUCACUAAUAAUUCAUAUUAUGUGGACAGUCUGAAGUUGUGACGAUAGUAAAGAUUUAGUUCAAGUACGCUUCCCAAUUAUCAGUGAUACAUUACUUCAGUGACAAUGGCGACUGGUAAAAAAGGAUUGAACACGAGGAGCACGACCUACCCUACUCACGAUACGACGAAGAACAAACUUAGGUUCUCUUUAAGGAGGAUGAACAGUUUUGACUGCAGUUACGACGACCCUUGUCUCCUGGAGGAGGACAAGAGCGCGAGGGAGGUUUCAGCGGAGGGUCGAGCGAGGACAUGUUACUUCCAGUACGCACACACCUCCACCGCCUCCUCGGCUCCUGGACAUAAGUUGUUGAGGUUCUCUGAUGAAUGCUGGUGUGGUCCUACACCCGAGCAAAGAUAUAUUUCUCCGCUCAAGUCCAAGCAAAGAUUGAACUCCAAGUACAGCACAGUUGGCAACGUAGAAAAACUGGUGGACUGGCAGCGGCAGUCACCUGACAGACACAGUGUCAGUCCCUCCAACAGUCAGGACGCUGGCCAACGACACAGCCGCUCGACAGAAAGACGCACUGGUAAAACUGGCUCUAUACUGGAACGAAGAAAACAGUUCUGCUCCUCUGUCAGCCUACCACCACUGUCAAAGUCGCCACCAGAACCAGUCUCCACAGUGAACAACAGCAACACACCAGCGCCAUCAACCACAGUUUCCACGGAGGGUCGCAGGCGUCGGUCACAAUUCAGGAGGGCGUGGUCACUGUUCUCUCUUUCAUGCGAUAAAGAUGUUCAGCGAAGGGAGAAGUCACCUCCGCAGCGGAUCCUACGGCCGCCCACCCGUCGUACCUACCGUCGAGGAGUGUCCGGCCUGCCAAUCCAGUGCUCCACAAACACAUUAGGUCUUGCGUAUUAAAACUAAUGUAAGGAGGGCCUUGAAUGGCCCGUGAUAGUGGACUUAAUAUGUUUAUAAAAGCUCCAUCACUCCUUUGUUAAAGUUAUCAGAAUUAUCAUCACAUAGUUAAGAUUCAACAAAUACCAGAUAUUAAUUAAAUUUAACCUUGAUUCUGAUAACAAGUAAACACAUUACUACAGACCAGACCUUUGUUUUUAUUACUACAUUGAAUGUAUCAUCACAUCAACUAUAUAAUGCAACCAUUUAUAUAAUAUGAGUAAACUGUACAAAAAUUAUGUUCGCAUUCUGUAAAUCUCAGAAAGUUAUCACAUAUGCUGUUCCAAAGAUAUAUCUCCCUUUAUUAAUGGUUAACGACCAAACAGACAAACGUUCAUCUAUUCAUUAAAAAAAAAACUUUUAUCUUUCUAUGCUAAAAGAUGUUUCCUAUAUCCUUGCUACGGAAAGUGGCUUUGUAUAUUUUUAUGUUCAUAUAAAAUAUAUAUAAUUAUAUCA